AUGGGAUCAGAUCCUUUCCGGAAUGGAUCUCUGACUGGUAACAGCUCCAACCAACAGGAAGGGCACAGCCUUUUGAAAGUAGUAUCAAUUGCCACUAUUACUGCUAUAGUAAGCUUCAUAACAAUAAUAGGCAAUAUUUUGGUAAUUGUGUCAUUUAAAGUGAACAGCCAGCUAAAAACUGUGAACAAUUAUUACCUGUUAAGUUUGGCCUGUGCUGAUCUCAUCAUAGGAGUGUUUACAAUGAACCUCUACGCUUCUUAUAUAUUGAUGGGUCACUGGUCACUGGGAAAUUUGACGUGUGAUUUGUGGCUUGCACUGGAUUAUGUGGCCAGUAAUGCCUCCGUCAUGAAUUUGCUCCUUAUUAGCUUCGAUCGGUAUUUCUCAGUCACACGGCCAUUAACCUACAGGGCUAAACGAACCCCGAAAAGGGCUGGUAUCAUGAUUGGUCUGGCAUGGUUAAUAUCCUUUAUAUUGUGGGCACCUGCUAUUUUAUGCUGGCAAUACCUAGUUGGAAAAAGAACUGUCCCUUCAAAUGAAUGUCAGAUACAAUUUUUGUCUGAACCUAUUAUUACAUUUGGUACUGCGAUAGCCGCUUUCUACGUCCCAGUGUCGGUGAUGACGAUACUGUACUAUCGCAUCUAUAAAGAGACUGAAAGACGCACUAAGGACCUGGCGGAACUGCAAGCAUCGAAUCUCGCCUCGGAAGAUGAAGUUCACGUUUCCAAAAUGAUUCGAUCUACAUCUUGCUUCGGAUGUGUAAGCCACAAACUUUCACGCAGGGAAAGGUCCCAGGUAUCGUGGUCUUCAAACAGAAGCACAACAGUAACCCUAAGAUCCACACAGGCCAAAAAUGUCACAGACGAAUGGUUAGAAAGCGACAACAAAGACUCCUUUGCAAAUUACCCCAUGUCUGAAGAAGAUGGAAGGCUCACUCCAAAAUCAACCUCUUCAGUGACUCAAGGGGAAGAACAGAUUGACGAGUAUACUGGGGAGGAUGACGCCAAUGUUUCCUUGGAAGAAGAGGCUUCGGCAAUAAAUAAUUAUGAAAAUCAAAAUCAUUUGGCGAUUCCUGUAAAAAAACAGAAGGAUAAAAAUUACAUUUCUUACAAGGGUCAUAAAUUAGCUGUCAAAAAUGGCAGUUCCUCGUCAACCUCAGACACGAGUAAUGGGUGCACCGGACUUAAAGGAACACCCCCUGAACCAGAAGUUCCAUGUAUGAGAAAUAUGGAUCAAAACCUGAGGCUGCAGAUCACCAAAAGAAAACGGCUGGUUUUGAUAAAGGAAAAAAAGGCAGCGCAGACACUUAGUGCCAUUCUACUGGCGUUCAUCAUUACCUGGACACCGUACAAUAUUAUGGUGUUAGUCUCGACGUUUUGCUCGGACUGCAUCCCACAAUCACUGUGGCAUUUGGGAUACUGGUUGUGUUACGUUAACAGCACAGUCAACCCCAUGUGCUAUGCUUUGUGCAACAAAACCUUCCGCACCACCUUCAAAAUGUUGUUACUAUUUCAAUGGAAGCGGAAAUGA